UCCACCAGACCGAUGAAGUCAAUACGACGUCACUUCGCAAAUCUUCUGAUGCACACUAGUUCCUUCCACGAAUCCUUUAAUGGAGAGAGAAUGAAUGUUCUUCUUCUUCUUCCUCCUCUCUCGUAGGAUCUCUCUGUGUUUUCUCCGUCUCUGCUCCUAAUUAGCCAUCUUUUCUCACAGAUUUUGAGAAUUUUCCAAGAUAAUUCCUCUUUUUUUACCUUUUCUUUGGUUUCUUCCAUCUCUCUUUCGACCAUUCUGCUCCUUUGGUUUCUGGAGGCUGCUCACUACUAGAUCUCUAUUAGUAGGGUUUUAAGGUCUAAGUUCUUGGAAUGGAUAAGGAGAAAUCUCCAGCACCACCUAGUGGAGGUUUACCUCCCCCAUCAGGUCGUUACUCAACGUUUUCACCAAAUGCAACUAGCUUUACAAUGAAAGCUGAAUCAUCGUUUCCUCCUCCUCACUUGACUCCAACUGGGAGCACCAGCAGUUCAGAUGCUACUAACCGGUUCAGCCAUGAUAUAAGCCGAAUGCCGGAUAAUCCACCUAAGAAUCUAGGCCAUCGCCGAGCUCAUUCAGAGAUUCUUACUCUCCCUGAUGACUUGAGCUUUGAUAGUGAUCUUGGUGUUGUUGGUGCUGCUGCUGAUGGACCUUCUUUCUCUGAUGAUACUGAUGAGGACUUAAUGUAUAUGUAUCUUGAUAUGGAUAAAUUCAAUUCUUCUGCUACUUCUACUUCUCAAAUGGGUGAGCCAUCUGAACCUGCUUGGAGGAAUGAAUUAGGAGGAGGCUCCACUUCUAACCUUCAGAGUACGCCUGGUAGCUCUAGUGAAAGACCGAGAAUCAGGCACCAACAUAGCCAAUCGAUGGACGGUUCAACAAGUAUCAAGCCUGAGAUGCUGAAUGAAGAUGUCUCUGGAGUUGACUCUAAGAAAGCCAUCUCUGCUGCUAAACUUUCUGAGCUUGCUCUCAUUGAUCCAAAACGUGCUAAGAGGAUCUGGGCAAACAGGCAGUCUGCAGCAAGGUCAAAAGAGAGGAAGAUGAGAUACAUUGCAGAGCUCGAGAGGAAAGUACAGACUUUACAAACAGAGGCGACGUCUCUCUCAGCCCAGUUGACUCUCUUACAGAGAGAUACAAAUGGCAUGAAUGUUGAAAACAAUGAGCUUAAAAUACGAGUACAAACAAUGGAGCAACAGGUUCACCUACAGGAUGCAUUAAAUGAGGCACUGAAGGAGGAAGUCCAGCAUCUUAAGGUAUUGACGGGGCAAGGUACAUCAAACGGUGCAUCAAUGAUGAACUAUGGUUCUUUUGGACCAAACCAGCAAUUUUAUCCCAAUAAUCAGUCGAUGCACACCGUCUUAGCUGCACAACAGUUCCAGCAGCUCCAGAUCCAGUCACAAAAACAGCAGCAGCAACAACAUCAGCAGCAACAACAACAGCAGCAGCAUCAAUUUCAGUUUCAGCAGCAGCAACUGUAUCAGCUUCAGCAGCAGCAGCAGAGGCUUCAACAACAGGAACAACAAAGCGGGGCCUCAGAGCUAAGAAGGCCCAUGCCUUCUUCAGGUCAGAAAGAGAGUGUGCCAUCGCCUGAUCUUGAGGCUGCCUCGACAAAAGACUGA